AUGUCGUCAAAUAACAACUUUGAUGAUAGUUCAAGUUCAACCUUUGAUCCUUUCGACUUCACCGAAUUUGAUGAAUGGCAUGAACGCCUUACAUUACGAAAUCGAACACUUGACUCCAUGAUAGAGGAUGUUGCUUUCAGCAUUCCAACUCUAUCCCUACAACCUACAAACCACACAAAUAGAGCCCGACGACGAUUCAUUGAACGACAACGUGAGAAGGGCCAUGAAGGUGUGUUCGAGCAAUACUUUUCUGACGAUCCGAUCUACACUCCAGAAGUUUUUCGAACCAGAUUUCGCAUGCGAAAGCCAUUGUUCGAACGGAUAAUGAGCAAACUCGUUGCUACCGACCAAUUUUUUCAACAAAAUCGUGAUGCGGCUGGUCGUUUAGGUAUGUCUUCGAUUCAAAAAUGUACUGCAGCUAUGAGAGUCUUGGCAUACGGGACCGGAGCAGAUUUGCAUGACGAAUACCUCCGAAUGAGUGCACAAACCAUAAGACGAUCAGUUGAAAAAUUCGUUGAAGGUGUAAUUAACAACUUCGGAGAUGAAUACCUUAGAAAGCCAAAUGAAGAAGACCUAUCAUAUUUGCUGCAUGUCGGUGAACAACGAGGUUUUCCAGGUAUGUUGGGCAGUAUUGAUUGCAUGCAUUGGGAAUGGAAAAAUUGCCCUACUGCAUGGGCAGGGCAAUAUGCAGGAAGAAAUGGUAAGGCGACAAUCAUUUUGGAAGCAGUUGCAUCUCAAGAUUUAUGGAUCUGGCAUGCAUUUUUUGGAACUCCGGGUUCCAGAAAUGAUAUCAACGUGCUUGAACAAUCUCCUGUGUUCAAGGACAUCUUGGAAGGUCGAGCACCGGAAGUUAGUUAUGUUGUAAAUGGUCACGAGAAGAAUAUGGGAUAUUAUCUUACUGAUGGCAUAUAUCCCCAAUGGGCAGUAUUUGUCAAAUCUAUUAAUGGUCCACAGAUUAGGAAGCACCAACUGUUUGCCCAACAUCAAGAGGCUGCUCGAAAAGAUGUUGAAAGGGCAUUUGGUGUUUUACAGGCUCGUUUCCAUUUUAUCAAAAGACCAUGUCUUAUGUGGGAUCGUGAUAUGAUGGGAAAAGUGAUGUUAGCUUGCAUCAUUAUGCACAAUAUGAUAGUGGAAGAUGAGAGGCACACUUACCUUAAUUAUUGUGAUCCUGCAGAAUUUAUGGAAGCUAGAAGAUUUAGUAAUCAGAGUGGAGAUGUGGAAGAAAAUGAAGAUCCAAAUUUUGAGUUCUCUACAGAACGGAUUGCAAGUCUCUCUAGCUAUAUGAGAAAUAGAUCACAAGUUCGUAACAGAGAAGCUCACAGUGCUUUAAAAAAUGACUUGAUCGAGCAUAUUUGGCAGAAGUUUGGCCGUGAAAAUUGAAUGUAUAAUUUUUCUGUGUCUGUUAGUAUCGACAGUUUGUUUGUAAUAUUGCAAUGCUAUUAUUGUAAUUUAUAUUUUUAAUUUAGUUUGUGUAAUUUUUGUAUUGCCUUUUAAUUUCAUAGUUAUUACUCGAUUUUUAGUUUUAAAAUUUUUAUAAUUUCUUGUUUUAAUCAUAAUUUUAUAUAUUAUUUUUAACAAAAAUAAUUAUUAAUGAUUAAAAAUUAUAAUAAAAAUAAUUAUAGAUAACAUUGUGGUUGGGUGGUUGGAUGGUCAUGGAUAAAUCAUUCAAAAUAGAUGUGGUUGGGUUGGAUGAAAAUUGAUGAUGUGGAAGAGAGAGAAAUUAAUUAAAU